AACUCGUUUACGUUUAGUUUCAGCAGCAAAAUGUUUGGUUUUGUGAAACCACUGCUAAAAUAUCGAAUUGCAUGCAUGCUAAUCAUAAUUGCCGUGGUGGCCAAACUCUAUCAGAAGGACCUGCUGCAGCUAAUUCAAAAAACAGCCGGAAGCUAUUUGGACACCACUGUCAGAAGCGAGGAGCACGCUGAAAGUGUUGCCGUUGAGUUUAAUGCAGAUCCACGCGGCGUGCUCUUUACGCCCGCACAGCUGGCCACGUAUAACGGGGAGAAGGUUGGUGGCGACAUUUAUCUGGCGCUGCUCGGAGCCGUCUUUGAUGUGAGUCGCGGCCUGAAGCACUACGGACCUGGUUGCAGUUACAAUUAUUUUGCGGGUCGCGAUGCGUCCGUUUCCUUUGUGAGCGGACAAUUUGAGCACUACGAUCCCGAGACGGCAGACGAUGUGCUCAGUCUCCAACCGAAUAAUCUGAUCGAGCUGGACAAAUGGCGGCAGUUCUACGAAACGGAAUACAAAUAUGUUGGCAGGGUCAUUGGACGUUUUUAUGACGAGACGGGCAAGUCGACCGUCUACCAUCAGAAGUAUCUGGCAUUGCUGGAGCAGGCCCAGUUGGCCAAGGCACAAAUUGAUGAGCUGCGCAACCGUUAUCCCGGCUGCAACAUCGAGUGGUCCGAGGCGAGGGGCACUCGCGUAUGGUGCACGACAACCAGCGGCGAUGGCCAGUUGCGCGACUGGACCGGUUAUCCACGCAAGCUGUAUAAUCGCGACAAGAAGAACUUUCACUGCGCAUGCGUGCCCGAAGCGGAACUCAACGAUCCCAUCUUUAAAUCUUAUGACAAUUGUGCGCCCCUCGCACUUGAAUGUUUUUAUCGUGUCUAGAAAUUUGUCAGCUACAUAAAGUCAAAAUAUAAAAAUUUGUUUCCUGUAUUGCUGUCCGAUUCGGACGGAUAUAUUUUCAGAUUCAUUAAGAUUACUUUAGAAACAGAGCUACAUAUAUAUAGGUACUUAAUCAGGUUGGAGACGUUAACGACGAAAUUAUAAUACCCUUUGCAACGGUAUAAUAAAAUGUAUAUACAACUAGUUAUAUUUAUGUAUUAGUACAUUUUUCACGUUCAAUAAAAUUUCUCAAAUUUUUUUAAAACUAAA